ACCAAGGUCAAAUGAGGGCAUGAAACUCAUAUUUUCGACGUUUUCUGGCGUCUUGUUGGGUUACCUGUUUGCGAUCUCCUUCCCUGCAGUUAACCUAACCAACUUUGAUCUCCCUUCCUCUGUUAUAUCCUACAUUGAGGGUCGAAGUGCUGUCAUCACAACCCAAACAAUGUGGAACCAUGCAUUGACAUCUGCAAAUAGUCUUAAGGAAAGUUCUGACUCAAAAUAUGACGAAAUUCCCAAGAUUUAUGUUUCUACAAACCCAAAAGGUGCUGAAAGACUUCCACCAGGCAUUGUUGUGCCUGAAACAGAUCUUUAUCCCCGAAGAUCAUGGGGUGACACACGUCAGGAUCUUACUAGCCAGCCGAGGUACCUUGUUACCUUCACAGUUGGCAUCGCACAAAAAGCAAAUAUUGACGCAGCAGUAAAGAAGUUUUCAGAUAACUUCACCAUUAUGCUAUUCCAUUAUGAUGGUCGCACUACCGAAUGGGAUGAAUUUGAAUGGUCCAGAAGAGCCAUCCAUGUUAGUGCUGGGAAACAGACUAAAUGGUGGUUCGCAAAACGGUUUCUUCACCCAGAUGUUGUCUCCAGUUAUGAGUACAUAUUUAUCUGGGACGAGGAUCUUGGUGUCGAGCAUUUCAAUGCCGAGGCGUACAUUGAGCUUGUCAGGAAACACGGUUUGGAAAUUUCCCAGCCUGGCUUGGAAUCUGACAAAGAACCAGCAUGGCGUAUGACCAAACGACAAAGUGAUCAAGAAGUUCACAAAGAAACAGAGGAGAGACCAGGCUGGUGCACUGAUCCCCAUCUACCGCCAUGCGCAGCAUUUGUCGAAAUCAUGGCGACCGUGUUUUCUAAAAAUGCAUGGCGCUGUGUAUGGUACAUGAUUCAGAAUGACUUGGUCCAUGGGUGGGGUAUGGACCUUGCCCUUAGGAGGUGCGUGGAGACUGCUCAUGAGAAGAUUGGAGUUGUUGAUGCUCAAUGGGUUGUUCAUCAAGCCAUCCCCUCGCUUGUUGACAGGGAGAGGCAGUAAAUGGACGAGCACCAUGGAAAGGGGUAAAUGCGCGCUGCAAUUUGGAGUGGCAGUUGUUCCGCACCAGAUUGGCUGAUGCGGAGAAGGCGUAUUACCUGGAGAAAGGGAUCACACCUCCAAAUUCGACAAGGUGAAA